UAAGGUUGGCAUUUCUCUGCUCGCAUGCCAUCAAGGGCUGUCGCGAGGUCCCGAAGCACGACAUAUCAUGGCGGGGUGGCAACACCCGUACUAAAGUCAACCCCCCCGCCAGCUUCGUUAGAUGCCGGAUUCCUCUUCCUCAUUCACCUGCAAUCCAUUCCCCUCAAGUCAACUAGAGGGGUUCUUCCACGAUUGGACCCGUUGAAUCCGUGAUCGAGCCAUGACAGUUUCAACGCAGAUCCGUCGAAUUGCGGUUAUCGGUGCGGGCCCAUCGGGUCUAGCGGCAGUGAAGUAUCUUUUGGCCGAGAAGGUUUUCGACACGAUCGAUGUAUUUGAGAAACGCAGCGCGGCGGCUGGAGUCUGGAACUAUUGCCCGGGCGCCUUGAAACAAGGCCUGUCGACACCUGUCCCCCAGCUUGAUCCGAACGAGCCUCUGGAAAAACCCAUAUGGCCGAAAGGGAAAUCAGACCCAGUCUUUGUAUCGCCCAUCUAUAGUACUCUGGAAACCAACAUCCCCAAGGAAUUGAUGAGCUUUGGAGACAAACCGUUCCCUGCGGACAGCCAAGUGCUACCCCAGCAUUCUACUGUGAAGAAGUAUUUGGAUGAUUACGCAGAGGAAGUGCGAAGCUUCAUUCGUUUCGAGACUCAGGUCGAAGAUGUGAGGCGGAAUGGCUCCGAAGCGAGCGCCUGGACUCUCUCCACUAGGGACCUGCGUACGGGAGUCAGCAAUACGCAUGGCUAUGAUGCUGUCGUUGUCGCCAGCGGACAUUACGACGUUCCUUAUACGCCCGAUAUAACCGGCAUUAAGGAGUGGAAUGAGAAUUACCCGGGUGUUAUCUCUCACUCCAAGUUCUUCGACUCCCCGGAUGAUUUUCGCGAUAAGAAAGUCAUUGUCGUGGGGAGUUCCGCAUCAGGAAUCGACAUUGGGAGCCAGAUCAGUACGGUGAGCAAGGGCAAGCUCCUGGCUUCGCAAAGGUCAGAGUCGUUCCUUGUGCCCUCCACUGCCGCGGACAAGGAAUACUUCCCUGAGAUAGUGGAGUUCCUGCCAGCAACUCAAGGUACAAGGGCAGUCCGCUUCGCGAAUGGUCGGGUUGAAUCCGAAAUCGAUGCGAUCGUCUUCUGCACCGGCUAUCUCUACUCGUUCCCAUUUCUGUCAUCCCUAGAUCCUCCGCUUAUCACGGACGGUCGCAGAACAUUAAACACCUAUCAGCAUCUUUUCUACACAUACGAUCCCACCCUAGUUCUACCGGCGCUGCCGCAGAGGGUCAUACCUUUCCCAUUGUCCGAGAACCAGGCUGCUGUUUAUGCCCGAGUCUGGUCUGGCCGACUUGCGCUGCCAUCUCUCAUCGAAAUGGAAGACUGGGAGAAGUUAACCGUGGCACAAAAGGGUAACGGGACCUCCUUCCACCUCUUGCCCUUCCCCCUUGACGCAAAUUACAUGAACUUCCUCUAUGAGUGGGCGUCCCAGGCAUCGCCUCGCCCUGGUCUUCUGAAUGACGGCAAUGGGAAGGUAGGGAACUACUGGGGAGAGCAAGAGAAAUGGCUGCGGCAGUUGUUCCCCGAAAUUCGAAGAGAAUUUAUUGCAAAGGGUGAGGCAAGGAAACGAAUUACAAGCCUUGAGAAGCUUGGCUAUGAUUUUGAACAAUGGAAACGGAGCCAGGAGGAAUCCUCCGUGAAGUUAUAAAAUAGACGCUACUAGAUAGACUUGCUAGCCAUGUUGCCUGAGGCAAAUUUUGUAAAUAUAGAUGGCCAGGCUUAGGUAGAAGUUAGAACCUAGAGAGAUGAAAUCCGAG